UGAAAACUAGAUUACUCCAAUACAAUUACAAACACUAACAGUUAAAAAGGACAUUUGCGUAAAUCAUAACGAAAAAUGGCUCAAAAAAACAAGAUUGGUGUUUGGGUUCCGGUUGACUCUAACAGUCCCACUAUCAAACACAUUUCUGCUUGGGCUGUUAAAGAUUAUAAUGAAGAUCAUGGAGAAAAUUUAAAGUAUGAAGAAGCAUUUGAGGCAGAAGAACAAGAGAUAAUUGGUGGUGUAAAUUAUCGAAUUGGACUUUGGGCAUCGUAUGUUGAUGGGUCGAUGGUAAGGAGGAAAAGGUAUGAAGCACUUGUGUAUAGGAAUUUGGAUGACGGCAAAGCACUCAUUUCUUUGAAGCCUUUCUUGCAAGACAAACAACGUAUGAUACUUGCCUACGCUAAGUCGCUAACUAAUCAAACAAAUUAACCUUUGAAUUUUUAAAAAGGUUAUGGACAUUUGGUUCUAAUUUGUGCUUUAUUAUUACGACACUAUGUAUGCACCAUUAUAUAUUUGAAAAUGUAUAAAGUUCAUUCUCAAAGUGAUCCCACAUUUUACGGUUUGGUUUUAA